UCCGAGGACCAACCUGAUGCGUUAUAUUGCAGCAUUUGAUGGGCACAAAAACAAUCUUCAACAUCGAACAAGAGAAGGCGCUGAUAAGCUACAUUCUCCAGGCCAGCGACAUCAUCAAAUUAGUUUGAUGGAGCUUCGUAAGCUCGCGUAUGAAUUUGCUCGGAAAGUUGGCGCGUCGUAUCCGGAUCCAUGGAACGACAAUCAACAGGCGAGUAAGGAUUGGCAGUUGGCGUUCAUGAAACGCCACAAAAAUUUGUCACUGCGAACACCAGAGAAAAACAUGGAUGAAACCGGGUGCCCGACCGUGCCAACCAGACCUGUCAAAACCAUCGCGCGCAAAGGACAAAAGCAGGUCGGCUCAUCAACAUCUGCCGAAAAAGGCACAAAUGUGUCUUUGGCUUUGGCCGUCAGCGCUAGUGGCCAGUCUAUACUGCCAUUCUUCCUCUUUCCCCGAGUCAACAUGAAAGAGAUUUUUAUGACUCAUGCGAGUCAUGGCGCUGUUGGUGUUGCGAACGGUUCUGGUUACAUGAACUCUGACGUAUUCCCUCAAUUCAUGCGUCAUUUCAUCAAGCACUCCGGUGCUAAUGCCGAUUCGCCAACCAUGUUGCUGCUGGACAACCACGGAUAG